UACGGUCGCGUGUAUUUCACACAGUCGUCAUCAGUGUGGGAUUGACUCUCUGCUACCCACCGUCGCUAUCUAAUCCAAUGACCGCAACCCAUCCUCCUCUUUUCUUUUUGGCUUUUCUCUACUUUUCUUUCGGCUCUGGUUUUUGGGGUUGUGGACCUGUGGUGAAAUUUCCAUGGAAUAAAACUUCGUCUCUUUCUCUUUCUCUUUCUCUUUCUCUCUCUGUGUCUCAGGAUAUCACGAGUGAGUGGCAACAGUGUCGGUGGAGCUUGUGAGCAUCCUAUGUUGAUUUAACAUUCAUCAUUCACAUUUCCCUUCUUUUUGACCCUACCAGUACCAAUCCUACCUUUUCUGGAUUGCAUUCUAAACCUUUUUGUCUCUCCCUCUCUUCAUCUACUGAUAAUGCUUGCUGGGUGAUCCAUGAACAAGCUCAUAACUUGACCAACUGACACUCGCAUACCACACCCACUCAAAAAUAUGGACCAGAAGGCGAGGCUUUGGAGGAGAAAGUCCUCAGAAAAGACAAUCAUUGCAACUGACAAAGUCGACAUUUCUUUCAAAAGAAUCGAUGAAGAGAUGCAGAACGAGGUGCGGCCAGAUAGGGUGGCGAGAAACCUAAACGAGAAGUUAGCUUCUGUCCUCCUUGAUUGUCAUAAUAAAGAUGAUCUGGCGGUAAAACAAGGGGAAGCGGCUCAAGAAGCUACUGGAGGCCUGGAGAAGCUACAAGCUCUAAGGGAAGCAGAUUACCUCAAGAAAGAACUAGAAGAAGCUCGAAGGCAGGCAGUGGCAGCAAACGAGAAAUUGACUCAGUCUGAAGCUGCAUUGGAGGAAAGUACGAGAAUACUGGCCUCUUUUAAAGAAGAGCAGGAGCACUUAAUUUGUGAUGCUGUCAUGAAGACAUCAACGGAAUUUGAGGACAAGUUGAUGGAAACAGGUAAACGACUUGCAAACUUGGCUAGUGAGAAGACUCUUCUGACCAAGGCCCUUCUAGUGAAAGAAAAAUUGGUCGGAGAUCUACAUGCACGCCAGACUCAGGCAGCCGCAGAAUUUAAUGCACUAAUGGCUCGAUUAGAUUCCACAGAAAAAGAGAAUGCAUUUCUUAAAUAUGAGUUUCACAUGCUCGAGAAGGAGCUUGAGAUUCGGAAUGAGGAGAUUGAAUAUUACCGACGAUCUGCUGAUGCAUCACACAGACUGCAGUUGGAGAGUGUAAAGAAAAUCACAAAGUUAGAAGCAGAAUGUCAGAGACUCCACCUCCAGAUGCGUAAAAGGUUUCCAGGUCCUGCUGCUUUCACAAAGAUCAAGAAGGAAGGCCAAAUGAUGGUAACAAAUCAGACAGAGUUGAGAGGAAAAUUUCUGAGUCCCACAAGAGAUAUAGUUGUCAGAGAUGCUCCUGUAUCAGAUGGUACUAAUAAGAAGAUUAGUUUCCUAAUCGAGCAAUUACGUGAUAUGCAAGAAGAAAAUAGAUCUCUCAAAGAAAUAAUGGCCAAUAAGAAUUCUGAAUUCCAUUCUCCAAGUACCCGGUGUUCACAGACCAUUUCAAGAUUAUCAAAAGUUAAUGAACAGCAGAAAGAUCUCUCCAGCUGUCGCAAAUACAUGGAACUGACAAGGGGUAGUCCUAUGUCAAAUGAACGUUAUCUGUCUACUAGUUUUGACCUUUCCAGUGAUGAUGGGAUUAGCUCUUCUGAUUCAUGGGCAAACGCUCUAAAAUCAGAACUGGAGCAUUACAAGAAUGAGAAAUUCAAGACUCCAGACUGCAAAUCCAUUGGGGUUUCAGAAAUGAGUUUAAUGGAUGACUUCGUCGAGAUGGAAAAACUAGCUAUCGUUUCAGUAGAAGCUCCUUCUGGAGAUAUGUAUCCCUAUGGGUUAAAUGACAAGGAAAUAGUUCCAGCUGUAAAAGGUAAUACCAAGCUGGAAAUUCACAUGAAAGAUGCAGGAGCUGAUAAACCUUUCGACUGGCUACAGAUUGUUUUGAGUGCAAUCCUUAAGCAGCAUUGUAUCUCAAAAAGAAGUGUAGGUGAACUUAUUGAGGACAUUAAAAUUGCUUUCGGUCAUCAAAGUAAUACAAAUCCCUGCGAGGCGAGAGACUCUGGUAUUCGCCUAAUCAGUGGUUCUCCAAACAUGUCUUCACCUAAAGAAGCUUCCAGACUGGCCAUCUCAGUAAAGGAAAUCAACAAACAACAUAGUCGAUCUAAUUUGAGUGAGUCGAUCUGCAAAAUUGUUGAGUUGAUCAAGGGGAUCAAUGUAACAUCUUUAGUCAUUAAGGAUACUCCGAAUACUUGUUCUGAGAGAGAUCAAAGUUCCUUAGCAUCCGCCACACCUCCAGAUUACUAUGUGCAUGUUUUCCAAUGGAGAACUUCUGAACUUAGUUCGGUUCUAGAACAAUUUGUUCAUACUUGUGAUGAUCUGUUGAUUGGGAAAACUGACAUUGUACAAUUUGCUCAGAACCUGUCAUUUUCUUUAGAUUGGAUUAUGAACAACUACGUUAGCCUUGAAGAUGCUUCAAAUGCUAGGGAUAAAAUCAAGAAGCACUUUGGUUGGAGUGAAUCAAGAAAUGACAAUCAAGCAGGAACUAUAAUGGAUGGUCCUCUUGUGGAAUCACAUGUUCAUCAUAGAUCUGAAGAGCAACCAUCAGCUUUGCGCUUAGAUUCUUCUGCAUGUGACCGAGAUUUCCAGUCUCCAAAGGGGAACACUCAGUGUAGUCUGCAAGAAGAAAACAAUAGAUUAAGAGAAGAGAAGAAAAUUGUGGAGUCUGAAAAGAAAGGUAUGGCAGCCAGCGUACUGUCCGCGAAAGAUACAAGUGAGGCUUUGACACUACAACUUCAGGGAUCAGAACAAAGCAUUGGAAGCAUGCAAAUGGAAGUAAAAACUUUGAGAGAAUCAAAUAAAACGACCGAAGAUGAGAUUGAAAAUCUGAAAUUGAUGAAUGAAGAUCUUGAUACCCAGCUGACAGUUGCUAAGGCUAAACUGAACGAGGUCAUAAAAAAAUUGUCAUCUUUGGAGGUUGAGUUGGAGGAUAAAAGCAACACAUGUGAGGAAUUAGAAACAACAUGUCUUGAGCUUCAUCUCCAACUAGAGAGUGUUCAAAAGAAGGAAGCUCAGAACUACAGCAGAAAUCAGGAGGAAAAGUCAUCACAAAAUGUUUUGGAGAUUGCAGCUGCUUCCGUAAAAUUGGCAGAGUGUCAAGAAACUAUUGCUAACCUUGGACAACAGUUGAAAGCACUGGCUUCAACAAAAGAUGCAGUACUCAUCGACAAGGUUUUCUCUACCACCAGCCCUGCAACAACCCUGACCCAUAAUAGGAACAUAAUCAAACGUUCAUCCUUACGUGAUCAAAUGCUCGCUGAAAAUGAUUCUAAAGUAGAGGUUCUCAAAUCUCCCAGUAUGGAAAGCACUGAAGAAAUGCAGAAGCUAGAACCUGCACCCUAUCUAUCUACGGCCUUAGCGGGUGCUCCCGAAGCAUCUCUUGGCUCAAAGCAGAAGGCUGGUAACGUGACUGCUGGGGCCUUGGCUGUUGUGCCUAGCAAGAAACAAGGAGGGAUCGGCUUCCUGAGGAGGCUACUAAUGAGAAGGAAGAAAGGAAACAGCAAGAAACAGAAACUUGUGACUGGGAAAAGAUGAACCCCAACAUCAAGGAAAUUUUUGCUGCCUAGAUGGUAGCAAAUACUCAGUGAAACCAAGAAAACUAGUCAGCCAUCUUCCUGGUAUGAUUGUCGAUAAGUAUGGUGUCUGGUUGUCCUACCUUGAUUGUCCGAGACAGUAAAUAUUUGCACGUCCUUUUUUCAGUUGUUUUUCUGUUUAAUGUGAUAAAGUGAGAUGUACAGUUCUUGAAGUAUUGCUGACAUUAAUAAAUGUGGAUUUGGAUAUGCAACUU